AUGGAAUCAGUUAAUUUUAAGCCGCUAUACGGAACAGAAACACGAACUAAAGCGGUAGAAUGCAUUUUAGAGCCACUGUUCACAAAAGUGAAGUGUUUUGCGAGGAGAGGUCACAUGAAAGGUUCUUACCGUCUUAAGUCAAAACCACAGGAGGAUAUUUUGUCUAGUGUCAAAGAGGUUAUUCAAUUGCUUAGUGACGAUUUCAGUGUUGUCCAGAGUGUUCCGUCAUUAUCGUCAGAUUUUUUAACCGCUAAAACAGAUGUUAUUGAUACUGGGCAGUAUUUUUAUUCUUCAGUUUCCAGUUUUUUGUCUGACCCUGCAAAUGAAUCCCAUCAGAGUGGUGUUUGUCGAUCUAUCAAUGCCCUUUUGGCUGCUUUGAGCAGACUACUUAUACUAGCUGAUAUAGCAGACUCAUUGGUUCUUAACCAGCAGUUCGAGGCCGUCCUCAGUGGUAUUACGGAAUUCCAGUCAGUCUCUUCACAUGCGGAACUGAGUCGUUUAUGGAAUACCUUUUACCCUCAUGUAUUACAACUUAUCAGCUUGUCAAAGAAACGUGCAUCUGAUCUAAUUGAUCUUGAAGACCGUAGAAAAAUUGAGUCUGCCAACUACGUGCUUAAAAAUAAUACGCCUUUAUUACAUACAUCUUGUAAGGUGUGUUUACGCUAUCCUGAUAAUCUCAUUCCAAGAGAUUCAAGAACUUUUGUUUCGAAUUCUCUUUCGGAUGCAGUAGAGUUAAUUCAAUCAGUCUUUAAUGGAAUUUCCAAAUCCAAUGGUAUCCGGUUACGAACUUCUGGAAAACUUUUAGAAGCUUUAGAUGAGUUUGAAAAUAGUCUAUUUACUAAUCCGGAUCGAAAAUCGACUGUACACAUACAAGAGCAUAUUCAGUUUUCGUUAAAGGGACUAUUAUCAUCAGUUUAUAAGUUGGUGGAUUCAUCGAAAUUAAAUUCAAAACGACGUUCUGCUAUUGAUGAGUAUUGUACUCAGCUUAAAAAUAUUACAUCUGAAUUAAUAUCAGAAUAUUCUAAGAAAACAGUUGACGUUAGAGCAACAGAGAAAAUUAUACAGAAAUUAUUAAAAAUUAUCAAUUCAUUGAAACAGCUACUUAUUCGUUGUGCUAUUGAUUCAACAUCAAAUGCUUUUAUGGCUAAAGAAACUUGUUUAAUGGCAUUGAAUGAUGCAACAAAAUUUGGAUGUGAUCAACGCAUUGAUUCAGCUUGUCAAUUAUUUCAGAAACGUUCUGUAUCUAUGAUAUCAUCUGCUUAUCAGUUAUGUUCAUUGAGUAUAGAUGAAGAAUGUUGCAGCAAAAUCCAAUUAGCUUGUCAACAAAUUGAACAACUUGUUCCACAGUUAAUUAAUAUAGCUUAUUUACUAUUUAAAUAUCCAUCUUCUAAGUCUGUUGAAUUAAAUUAUGAAGCAUUUCGUAAGGUAUAUGAAGAAUCGGUCAAUUUACUGUAUUCAUGUGUUAAUGAGUUAGUUGGUAUGCAUGAUUUCCUAGCUGUAUCCGAUGAUUUAAUGUUGUUGGAAUAUCAAAAAUCUAUUCGUGCCUUAUCGGAUAAAGAUGAAUUAAGCGUUCAACAAACAUCAACAUCCAUGCAGCAACGUUCAGCUUAUAUUUGUGAAGUAAUAUUAAAUAAAAUGAUUGCACGAACUGAGAACAAUGAGUAUGUUGAUCAGGUGAUGGAAAAAGUUACAUUAAUACGUGAUCAAUAUACUCCAGAUUUUGUGAAUAUCGCACGUAAUACACUUAGUCGUUUAGCUGCUGGCCAGUCAGUCGAUGAAAAAGCCUAUCGCUAUUCAGGUCAUGCUUUAUGCAGUGGUGUACAUGAUCUACGAUUAACUGUUUUAAAUGAAUGUGAUCUACCAUUUGAUAAUGAUAUUGAGUCAUUAAAUUUACAAGACAAUCACGGUAAUGUUGAUAAUCUUCAACCAUCGUCAUCUUCUCUACCUCAUCUGCCUUCACCUCCUCUCCCUCAUAAUAAUUAUUAUCAUCGUCAUCGUGAUCAACAUUCCAAUGACAAUGAACAACUAGAAGUUUCAGUCGGUUCAGUGAAAGAUAAACAGAAAUCAAUAAGAGAAAUGGACAGAGUCAGUUCAAUGUUAGAAAAUAAUUCCACUUCUAAUUAUAACAACAAAUCUCUUUCAUUUAAACAAUCCACUGGAGAUAUUCAUGCAUCACAAGAAAAUCAAUUAUCUGAAAGAAAUGAAGUUUUCUCUGUAUUGACAAGUCCACAACGUGAAACAAUGGCUGAAGAGUUAGCUGGAUUUCUAGCGGAAAAAAAACGUUUUAUGCGUGAAAUAGUUAAAUGGGAUGAUUCUGCUAAUGAUAUUAUUGUAUUAGCUAAGAAAAUGUGUGUAAUUAUGAUGGAAAUGACAGAUUUUAUACGUGGUAAAGGUCCAUUACAAUCUACAUUGGAUGUUAUCGAAGCAGCUCAAGAAAUAUCGGAACAUGGUAAACGUCUAAAUAGUCUAUGCCGACAUAUUGCAGAUAUGUGUCCCGAUUCAGCUAGUCGACGAGAUUUAUCCGCCUAUUUACAACGAGUUACAUUCUAUUGUCAUCAACUAAGUAUUACUAGUCGAGUGAAAGCUGGUGUUCACAUGCUCAGUGAUGAAAUUUUUGAAAGUGCAACUUCCCUAAUACAAGCUGCUAAAAAUCUAAUGACAUCAGUUGUUUUAACAGUGAAAGAAAGUUAUAUAGCAUCAACUAAAUAUCGUAGUAGUUCUAAUCAACGUUGUAUAGUUCAAUGGCAAAUGCGUACACCAGAAAAAAAGUCAUUAGUAUCAGAUUAUUUAAAAAAUUCUUCAAUAUAUAAUCGUGAUUAUUUAUUUGACGAGUUGAAUUCACAUCAUCCAGAUGCAUUGAAUGAAUUAUCACAAUUUAAACAUCCACCUAAUUCAUAA